AUGGCCAAUUAUAUAGUCUGUUUAUGUCAUUUCUGUGAAUUACACGGUCCAUCAAUAAUCAUAUGUACACAACUAACAACAAAGGAUAAAAAGCAAAAUUAUUUAUUACAAUCAAAUUCUAAAACUACUAAUAAUUCAUGUUUAUCAUGUCAAUUAAUUUUACCAGAAAAUGUAGUUAAUUUGACAACAACUAUUGAUGAUAAAGAAUUUAUAUCAACUCAAUAUCCAACUUCACAAAAGAGAUAUGCAGCAUUAACAAAAUUAGUUAUGAAAUCUUUAUCAGUUGAAACAAAUUUAGAUUUAACAAAACCAAAUUUUUUUGGAGAUAAUAUAAAUGGAUAUUGUAUAAAUAAAAUUUUUAAAAUUUAUGAUAUAAAUUCAAGAGGUUUAGAAAGAAAAUAUGGUUUAAUAUUAAUUGGAGAUAAUGAAAUUAAAAUUUUACAAAAUUGGGAUAUUAUAACAUUAUAUUUUAAUGAAUUUAUUAAUUUAUUACAAUUUAAAAUAAAUGAAACAAAUGAAAAAAAUUAUAUUGAAAAUGAAAAUCAAAAUAAUGAAAAAUAUUUAAGAAGAUCAAUGAUUAGACCAAAACUGUUGAUUGAAUUAACUAAUGAUGAUCAAAUAUUCGUAAAAUUUCAUUUAUGGGCUAUUGAAGUAUUGAAAGAUGCAAUACGAUGA